UCAAAAUAUUUAAUUUCAACAUUCAUUAUUCUGAACUUAGUAUUUGUUUCGAAGGAUAAUUGAUUCAUGGUAAGAGAAAUCCGUAGAGGGGAAAACGUUCUUCCUUAAAAUAAUCAUGCGCAUAUGUUGAAUCAGAAUUAUCCACAUGGCAAAGGUGUGCGCUGACAAAAAACAAUGUUUAAUAACGAUCCAAAAGCCGGAGGGCUCUUAAUCGACGAAUCAAAACCAGAAAUAACCAGUCAAACCCGGCUCAGUUUUAUCAUUUUUCUUAGGUGGGCAUGUGAAUAGUGAAAAAUUUCCCGUUCGUUGUCGUACACGAUAACCCAUAAAUUCGCUCAACAGAAGCUUCUGUUGCUUCUUUUAAUGCGGAGAAAAAACAACUCCUUUUAUUUGUGACAAAAAUGCUCCGUGGGCAGGAGCGUUUUGUUUGAAUGUCAGCUGCACUUUUAGAAAAUCAUCUUGCAGACAGAAAAUCGCGGAGAGAUCUGGUUUCAGACAGAUUCAAAUGAUGAUGUUAAAGAAAAAUGGAGCUAAAGGUCAAGAAACAACUAUAUCUCCUGCAGAGCAGGAAGCCAAGAUAAGAGAGGUACGGGCAUUAAUAGGACCUUUGUCAGGUAAAUUGUUGCUGUACUGUUCGGAUGAUUUACUUUCACAAUACUUGAGGGCACGCAAUUGGAGUGUUAAAAAAGCAGUUAAAAUGUUGAAAGACACUCUUAAAUGGAGAUUGGAGUACAAACCAGAUGAAAUUCGAUGGGGGGACAUAGCACACGAAGCUGAAACAGGUAAAAUCUACAGGGCAAACUAUGUUGACAAAUAUGGAAGGACUGUUCUUGUUAUGAGACCAGGGUUCCAGAACACAACAUCGUGGAAGGGGCAGAUAAAAUAUCUUGUAUACUGUAUGGAGAAUGCCAUAAUAAACUUGCCAAAGGAACAAGAACAAAUGGUUUGGUUGAUUGAUUUCAAAGGCUGGACUGCAGCUAGUAUAUCUGUGAAGGUAACACGUGAAACAGCUAAUGUUUUACAGAAUCAUUAUCCAGAAAGGCUAGGCGUGGCCAUUCUAUACAAUCCACCAAAGAUCUUCGAGUCAUUUUGGACAGUGGUAAAACCAUUUUUGGAAGCAAAGACAUACCGGAAAGUAAAAUUUGUUUAUUCAAAAGACUCAGAAAGUAUGAAGAUCAUGGAAGAAUUAUUUGAUAUGGACAAAGUAGAAACUGCAUUUGGUGGGCAAUGCCCUGUAGAAUUUAGUAAAGAUGAGUAUGGCAAACGCAUGGAAGAAGAUGAUAAGAAGACUGACUUGUAUUGGAGUUCAGCUGUUUCUCUGCCUGGUUCAAAUAACUUGACAGAGAUUGAAUUACAGUUGGAGUCAAAUGAUACUGAAUCUGGUUCUGAUAUUUCUGAAAGAGACGAUAAAUUGGAAUCAGUUGAUCUUGUGUCUGGUUCCGAUGGUUCUUCAAAAGUUGUGCCACAGGAUUCAGCUAUCACUGAAUCUGGCCUUAAUGGCUCUGGAAAGGUAGACUUUAAUUUGGAUCCUGUUAAACUUGAGGCUGGUUCCAGUAACCCUGAGAAAUAGGAAGUUUACAAUUUUAACUCUACUAACAACAAGGAAGCAUUAUAUGUUGUAGUUGUGGUAAGUGAUGACAUGCAUGCACAGAUGACAGAUUGAUUUUAUGGAAUCUGUAAACAUUUCUAUUUUCUUGUUAGUUUAAAGUUUAUGAUUGCUGUGCCUGCAACACAGCUUUCAUAAAAAAUGCCAUUGGUUGGUUUUCAUUUUAUGUUCAAGUGUAGAUUGCUCCUUUCGAAUAAGCUUUGUGAUAUGGAAUUAUAGAAGUGCUGAAGGCUGUUGCAAAAGCAAAGGAGUUUUAAAUAAGUAGUUCAGCAUGACAUGCUUACCGGUAAAUAUUGUUAUUUAUGCUAAAAGCAUAAGAAGCUAUUUUGAUUCCUUUUACUCAGGUAGUUUUAAUUUGCUAUUUCUGGUCA